AAGUUUAUUUAGUUUCUAAUUAAAAACUUAACAGAACUAGCGUAAAUAUCGACCGUAAUAUAAUUUUAUUCAUAAAUGAAUAAGACAAUCUGUUGAAGUACUAAACAAAAUUCAUGUUGUUCUCAUAACAAAGAACGUAAUUGAUUGUGUUUGUGUACCAUUAGCUGCGAAAAUGGAAGUUGAUUUUGUUAAGUGGAACAACAAAGAGAUACUGGAUUUUCUACAUAAAGAAAAUAUAUCAAGCACUGUGAUAGACAUAUGUAAAACUAAUGAAAUAGACGGACCAUGUCUGCUGUCUUUAAUUGAUCGUGAUUUUUAUGAUUAUCCAUUCGACCAAUUAAAACUAGGUGAAAGAAAGAAGUUUAUUCUGUUAGUUAAAAAAAUACAAAAGAAGAAUCGCAGUGCAAUGUGCGAACUGGGUUUACGCGAGGACCAAGUGCUUCAGAAUCCAGCUACUAAUAUAAACUUUCUUGGCACCAAUCUGUCUCAUUUGAGCUACAAUUUACACAGUCAGUUAAACAAUGAGCUUUAUGAUAAGAAUACUGAAUGUGUCUCGAAUUUUACACCUGACAUACAAGCCUCCAGGCUAAAGCCAGAGGUGUGGAAGACAGCAAUAGCAUUAGGCUAUGUUUUCCUGGUGACUUGGGUAACGGCUGUCGUGAUGGUGAUAGUGCACGACAAAGUGCCGGACAUGAAGAAAUAUCCACCGCUUCCUGAUCUCUUUUUAGAUAAUGUUCCACACAUUCCAUGGGCUUUUGAUAUGUGCGAAAUAACAGGAUCCUUAUUGAUGGCCAUAUGGCUGAUUGUGCUAUUCUUCCAUAAACACAGGUUUAUAAUCCUGAGACGUUUCUUCGCGCUGGCGGGCACGGUGUUCCUGCUGCGAUGUUUCACGAUGCUGAUCACCUCGCUGUCGGUGCCGGGGUCGCAUCUCAAGUGCGAGCCGCGGUUCUACCCGCCGGCUGACGACCUCACCAUAUGGGGCCGACGGCUGCGCCAGGCGUACGAAAUAUGGAGCGGAGCGGGCAUGUCCGUGAGAGGAGUCCGGACUUGCGGAGACUACAUGUUCUCCGGGCACACUGUUGCGUUGACGCUGCUCAACUUCUUCAUCACUGAAUACACGUCCCGCAGUCUGUACCUGCUGCACAUCCUGACGUGGGUGAUGAACAUGUUCGGGAUAUUCUUCAUCUUGGCGGCGCACGAGCACUACUCCAUCGACGUGUUCAUAGCCUUCUACAUCACAUCGCGCCUGUUCCUGUACUACCACACGUUGUCCAACAACCAGGCGCUCAUGAGGAAUGACUCCUCCAGGACACGCAUCUGGUUCCCUCUGCUAUCGUUCUUCGAGUCCGAAGUGGACGGGAUAGUUCCGAACGAGUACGAGGGGCCGAUGACGAUCGCCAACAACCUUCGGAAGUGGCUGUUCCAGCUCGUCACAGACGUCAAGACGUCGUCCGUCGCGAAAAUCGCCGGCACCAAGCUGCAAGAGGGCGCCGCUAUGGGGGAAUACUCCGUGGUGAAAUUGGUCGACGGGAUCAAGAGGAAUCUCAGCCUUAUGGAGGAGUACAAGAGCUCCAGGCAGCAGUUAGUCACAUUGGACAAGAAUGUACAAGCUUGUCUACUCGAUGAGUUGCCCGAGUCCGACCUGAUCCACCACAACAUUGUCACUGGGGAAAUACCACUCCGGGACCUAAGCAACCCACCUUCGCCGGUCUCCAAGAAAACAAUAUGAAACCUGCACGGUUUCCAUUACAUUUAGACUUACUAGACUGUACCCAAGAGAGUUAGUUUUUAAUCUGUUAUAUAUUUUAUAAUCUGUUAUUCCAUGUUUUUAUUGAUAUCAUUAGUUCAUUUUUAUAUGUACAGUGAUUUAUUUUGCUCAAUAUGAAUACAAUAUGUACAAAUAAA